CUCCCUCCCCUCUCUUCCUUUGAGCUCAAUCCCAGGUCAUGGCCAUGAAGCCUCUUUGGCUCAUCUUUCUCCUCCUGUCUCUCUUAUCCCUCAAAACGACCGGCCACGGAGGUGUCGAUGACGGCGACAGCACCGUCGACGGCACUGACACAACUCCAGCGGUCGACUUAAAAGCAAAAGGUUUGAUCGACGUUAAGAUAUGGUGCCUUGUUAUCCUUUUGGUAAGCACCUUCCUCGGCGGUAUCUCUCCCUACUUCUACCGAUGGAACGAGAGCUUCCUCCUUUUGGGUACCCAAUUCGCCGGCGGCGUGUUCUUGGGCACGUCUCUAAUGCACUUUCUAGCGGAUUCUACCAGCACCUUCGGCGCCGUGACUGCAAAGACAUAUCCAUUCUCCUUCAUGUUGGCGUCGUCAGGGUACCUUCUCACCAUGCUUAGCGAUUGUAUCAUCAUGUUCGUGACGCAAAAGACGCGCAAGCGAGAAGCCAAAGUGGAAUCAGGCGGAGGGAAUGGCGGCGAGGAGGAGGGUGUUGGGACGGAGGUCAGUGUGGAUCUCCAUCCGGCUUUCGUUAGGACUACUUCGUUUGAAGAUACAAUAUUGCUUAUUCUCGCUCUUUGUUUCCACUCCGUGUUUGAAGGAAUAGCCAUUGGAGUCUCAGCAACAAAAGGCGACGCAUGGAGAAACCUAUGGACUAUAAGCUUGCACAAGAUAUUCGCGGCCAUCGCCAUGGGCAUAGCACUGCUUAGGAUGUUACCGAAAAGGCCAUUCCUGACCACCGCGACAUACUCGCUAGCCUUUGCCAUUUCUAGCCCUGUUGGAGUUGGCAUUGGCAUUGCUAUCGACGCCGCGACUCAAGGUGCGGUCGCGAAUUGGAUCUACGCCAUUUCAAUGGGAAUUGCAACCGGCGUGUUCAUCUACGUGGCCAUUAACCACCUGAUAGCCAAAGGAUUCAAACCGCACAAUCCGAGCUUCUUCGACACUCCCUUCUUUAAGUUCUUUGCCGUGCUUCUUGGAGUCGCAGUGAUUGCUGUGGUCAUGAUAUGGGAUUGAUAAAGGUUAAUUUGGUUCUUAAUUGUUUAUGGUGAUCAACUAAAUACUGAGUGUUGUGAGAUAAAGUGGAAUUGUUUGAAUUUUUAUUUUUCUCUUUCUUUUUUGAGGGUACUAAUUAUAUCUUUGUUUAUGUUUUUAUUGUGAGUGGAUUUUCUUUCCUUUUUUUCUUUUUUUCCUUGUGGUGUUUAUGUUUUA